CAUCACCCAAGAUUGAUGCUUGGACCCAUUUUCUCAGAGAAUUCGGAGCAGAGCCGUCCCUCACAAAUCUAGGCUUGGCGCGCUGGAAGUCAGUCGUCGUCAGGGUUAAAGCAGCGACACAAGGACAGCCAUGAAUCAAUCCGAGGUCGCGCUGCACCUGCAACCCGCCCUGCGCACUCUCCAGCCAGCAGAACUGCAGGCGCUGCACCAGUCGGCACCCGGCGCGCUGCACCACCACCUCCAGACGCUCGCCCCUAGCCUGCAGGGCCUGGAGGCCAUCUCUCACGAUGCCAGCGAUGGCCUCUUUCAGCAGCCACGAUACCACGUCGGCAACCCAUUCGAGUCCGCGCAGACACCCGGACCGUACCAGCCCGUUGUGUCCAGUGGCUACCAGCACGACCAUGGGUCAAAUCGCUUCAGCUUGAUCGCAGCAGCACCGGCCCAACAGCACCAGCACCAGCGCCUGCGAGCGCCGCCCCCUCCUCCACCCCCCGCUCCUCCUCCUCCUCCACCACCACCGUUGCCUGCUGCGAUCCCUCGAGUCCCGCCGCAGAUACAGGCCGCGGGCUUAGAGCCGCAGACCGAGUUUGCGCAGGCCCUCGAGCCCGACGACCCGCCCGUCACAAGGCAGUUCGAGGGGUUGAAGCUGAUCGCAGCGCCCCCGAACCUGGACGAGUGGCGGGCCAAGCUGUUCCACGUCGACGAUACCAUCACGCUGACCGAGAACGAGUUUCAAACCUACUUCCCCCACAUUGACAACGUUUACUCCCACCGCUCGACCCAGCGGCACAAGCGCAAGCGUUUUGUCUCCCACUACUGGGACUGCCGCCUCAAAGGCCGCCCGCCCGGCACUAAGAAGUCUACAGACCCCGACAAGAAGAAGCGCAAGCGUGUGGCGCGAGAAAGAGACUUGUGCGACGUGAAGAUCAAGAUCACCGAGUACUUUGAUGGCGCCGAGCUCACGGAGCAGACGGGCCAGCAGCCCCCCGUGGACACCCUGCAUGCAACUGCCUUCUUCCCCCAGUCACAGGCAUCAGCCCCGGCACAGGUGAGCCCGUGGGGUAUAUCCACCAUUGCUCCGCCCCUGGCACUGAAUCAGUCUGCACCCGCGCCACCAGGCAAGAAGUUCUACACCAUCCAGCGAGUCAAUGGCAACGGGGGAAAUGGAAAAGGCGACGGGGUGGCUGGUCCACACAAGCAUACUCUUGACGAGAGUGACAGAGUGAAGAAGAACAGUGUCAUUAGGUGGGUGAUGAAGGGUGAAAAGGACAAAAAGAAGGUGCAGGGCGGUGCCCCCCAAAGGAAAACCUACCACAAGAGAGCCACCGGAAAUGCUCUCGUCACGGUUAAAAACCACUCUAAAGAAGAUGACUUGAAGCUAUUUGGCAGUUGCUUCUGUCCUUUCGUGCAGAGGGUCUGGAUAUCGCUCGAAUUCAAAAGCCUCCCUUAUCAAUACAUCGAAGUUGACCCAUACAAGAAACCACAAUCUUUACUGGAGAUCAAUCCAAGAGGCCUAGUCCCAGCAAUCCGCCAUGGCCCCACCUGGUCCACACACGAGUCUACUGUAAUAAUGGAGUACUUUGAGGAUCUUGGAACAGGACCCGCUUUGCUUCCUCCUGAUCCCCAAGCACGCGCUACCUGUAGACUCUGGACCGAUCAUAUCAACCGGCUCAUUGUUCCGUGCUUCUACCGCCUUCUCCAGGCCCAGGACUCCGGCGAUCAGGUAAACCACGCAACGGAGCUCCGCAACGAGAUCAGCAAGCUCGUUGAUGCCGCCGAUCCUGAAGGUCCCUUCUUCUUUGGUCGCACACUGGGCUUCGUGGACGUGCAGAUUGCCCCGUGGGUGCUUAGGUUACGGCGGGUGUUGGGCCCAUACAGAGGUUGGCCAGAGCCCGAGGAAGGAACUAGAUGGGCUAGAUGGACAAGUGCGAUUGAAGCGGAGCCGAGCGUCAAGAGUACAACGAGCGACGAGGGUCUGUAUUGGGAUAGUUACGAGCGGUAUGCGGAGAAUCGGCCGAAUACAAGCCAGCUUGCUGAUGCGGUGAAUUCGGGAAGAGGGCUGCCGUAGGCUGCUCUAAGACGAGGGUCAUGGAGAGUACAGAAAGUCGAUUGAAUUGUGGUAAAUGAGAGUGUAUUCUAGAUUGUACGACG